AUGCAUGCAACAUACGGAGGCAACCACUGCGGUAACAGCAGCAGCAACAUUUGCAAUCAGCAAAUCAACAACUUCAAUAACAUCAACAGCAAUAACAACAUCAACAACAACAACAACAUGCAUUCAAGCGGUUUCCUCGGCGCCGGCUGCAGCAGCAGCAACGACAGUGGCGGCGGCAGUGUUAGUGGCAGCAACAGCAGCGAUUACAUGGCCAAUUCGACUGCUGCAUAUGCGACACAAGCGACAGCAGCAACAAUGACAACCACAACAACAACCACAAUGCCACACAAUGUGAGUACAACAACGAUGCUGUCUAAUUACUGCGACGCUGCCACAAUGAUGAUGGCUGCUGCCGCUGUCAAUGCAAAUCAAUGCCUGCAGCAACACCACCAGCGACUGCUGCUGGCCAGUAGCAAUACUAGCAGCAACCACAAUCACAACAGCAAUGAGCAAGUGGCUAUGGCCACUGCCACAGCAGCGGUCAUGGCCUCUUCCUCAUGCUCAACGGGUUCACUGUCAUCGGCAUCGUCGACACCGACAACCAUUGCUGUCGCGGCAUCGCAGCAGCUGCCACAGCAGCAGCAACAGUCGCUGUCAUCGCCGCCAAAUUUAAUCGAUAUCAGCGAAGUUCCUCUUAUUGUGGAUGUCAAGUAG